AGUUCACAAGUAGAUUUGAAUUUGAACGGGCUCAAAAUCUAAAUAGAUACUCACUUCGGCGUGUUUGCGAGCUUUGUUAAAUAAUAUAGUGGGUGUUUUACAGUUUGUGUGACACUCACAAAUUAUGAAAUUUUGGAUAGCUGCGCUUUUUUUAUGCAACUCUGGCUUCUGGUCGUGUAAAUCACAAAGUUAUUCAGAAUUAGAAGAAGCUCGUAGAAAUGGGGAACUUAGAAAGGCUUGUUCAAAACACGGACAUCCCGUACAACCCGAACGCAGAGUUAAUUCCACCGCCAGGUUGAUAGAAUUACGAAAAAUAAUGGAUUCGGAACUAAUUUUAGCGACUACUGCAAUUCAGGCUUAUUUAAUUACUUCGAGCGAUGAGCAUCAGAGUACAGACGUGGACGAAUAUGAUAAACGUUGGCAGUACAUAUCUGGUUUCAGUGGAAGUUACGCAAAUAUAAUAGUGACCCAAAAAAAAGCAGCGUUAUGGACAGAUGGUCGAUUCCACCUUCAAGCAGACGAACAAAUAGAUUGUAACUGGCUGCUUUUUCGUGAGGGUCAUCGACAUAUACCUACUAUGUCUGAGUGGCUGAAAAAUGAGUUUCCGAAUGCAACCAGACUAGGUCUUGAUCCAAAAUUGGUCUCUCAACACAUGUGGAAUUACCUUGGACAUGAACUGAAAGAAACAAAAAUAGAGUUAGUCGCGUUAAAUGUCAGUUUAAUCGAUGUUAUUUGGCCCAGCGAUGAAAGACAACAAAGAAGAUACAAAGAGGCUUUUCUGUUGGAUGAAGAGUAUACAGGUAAAAAUUACUAUACGAAGAUUAAUGAAACUAGAACAGAACUUUUGAAUCAUGGAGCUGAUGCUAUGGUGGUAACGGCGUUGGAUGAAAUUGCUUGGUUAUUGAAUAUUAGAGGGCGAGAUGUUCCUAAUUCUCCUUAUGUUAGAAGUUACGUGAUAAUAGAUAUGAAACAUAUUUAUUUAUACGUGAAUAACAGUCAAAUACCUCAGACAGUUAGAAACCAACUUCAUUACGAUUCUAAAAUUCAUAGAAGCGACACUGUUAUUUUAAAAGACUAUGAUCAAAUAUGGUCUGAUUUGGGAACACUAUCUCAAUUGUACAAGAAAAUUCUGAUUCCUUCUCAUUGUGUAUACAACUAUGGAGCCAGUCAUGCUAUUUAUCAACAUAUAUUCGAAGACAGAAGAAUGCUCAGACAAUCACCUAUAAUUUAUUUAAAAGCUAUUAAAAAUGAGGUUGAAAUUAAAUGGAUGCUCCAAACGAAUAUAAUUGAUGCAGCUGCCGUUUGCGACUGCUUCGCAUAUAUUAACAAAAAGGUAAGAAGAGGUGAACGAUUAUUCGAAAGUCAUCUCGUUACUUAUUUAAAUCAAGACAGAUAUACGCAGAACCAUAGCUUGGGAAAUAGUUUCACAACAAGAGUUGGAUUUGCCUCUAAUGGCGCCUUUCCAAAAUAUGAACCUACGACCAAUACUGAUAAACAAAUAUUUAAAAACAGCACGCUUGUUUUGGAUUCCGGAGGACAAUAUUAUGGUGGUACAACGGAAGUGACACGAACCCUCCAUUUUGGUGAACCUACCGAUGAAAUGAAAGAAGCGUAUACACGUGUACUAAUCGGUCUGAUCCAAUUAUCAACGUUGACAUUUCCCAGUAAUAUGAGAAUGGCCGUCGCCGAUGCCAUGGCAAGAGCGUCUCUUUGGGAAGUUGGUUUGGAUUAUCUUCAUGAAACAGGUCACGGCGUUGGGUCAUUUCUUGGAGUACAAGAAUCUCCAAUCAAGGUUCAUUUCAACUCUGAAGUUAGCGCGCAACAAACUUUCAAACCCGGCUACUUUUUAUCUGUCGGUCCUGGAUACUACCGAGAUGGAAUAUUUGGUGUACGACUAGAAAAUAUGUUGCAAGUAAUAGAAAAACCUUGGUUAGAACGAACGACUCAUUCUUAUUACGGCUUUAAAACAAUUACAUUUGUACCUUUUGAGCCCAAUUUGAUAAAAUUCUCUUUAUUGUCAGCCCAACAGAAAAAAUGGUUAAACAAUUACAACGAACAAAUACGCCAUCUGGUCGGAGAAGAAUUGAAAAAACGCAGUAGAAUGGAAGGUUUCUAUUGGAUGAUGGAUAAAACUCAAUAUAUUCCAGAGAACCACUCUAAUAUUAUGAUUAACACGCCGUACUUGAUUAUUUUAUUGAAUGUAGUAUCGAUAACACUUAAUUAUUUUUAAGUAAACAAGCACGCACGACGUAUUUAAAUUUUCACACAAUUUUAGGUAAUUUUAGUAAAAAAAUAUGUUCACUCUCAUAACUAACUGAUGACUAAUUCAAUGUUGUAUAUACAGUAUAUUUCUGAGGAAACCCGCCAUAGGCUUUCCCAUGUUACCAUUUAAACUUAGUCUUUCUACUUGAAUUUUAUUGUUGAUACAUUAAAUAACAAUUUUUUUUAAUUCAUAAUUUUUUAUCUUCUUAAUGAUAUUUUAUUAAACGCUAUGAAAUUACAUUUAUUUUGGUUUUUAAAUGAAAAAAAUCAAACAACUUUAACAAAUGCCAGGUCUGAUUAAUAGCUUGAAACCGUUUUCUUUUUUGUAGCUCAAAAAUUGAUUUGAAAAUUACUAUUUAUUCUAAUGUUCUUAAUUUAGUGUUUAAUAAAAAUUUUGUCAACAAAUACUAUUAGUAAAUUUGUUCCUUUACAAUCCCUUAAAAUAAAAAAUACCACUUAUCUCUCUGAUCGAAUAUUAACAUAAAAUAAGAAAGUUCCAACGAGAUAAAGCAAAAAAACAUAAAAAAUUAACAAAAUGAAAAUUUAGUCAAGUAGCGUCAAAUAGUUUCAAGCUAUUAAUCAGACCUGUCAUUUGUUAAAGUUUUUUUCAUUUAAAAACCAAAAUAAAUGUUAUUUCAAAGUGUUUAAUAAAAUAGCAUUAAGAAGAUAAAAAAAUAUUAACAAAAAAAUUGUUAUUUAAUGUAUCAACAAUAAAAUUAAGGUAGAAAGACUGACCCGAAAAGGUCGGCGACCGCCCCGGAGCAAGAAGGGUCUAGCCGCGCAGGUAGACGAUCCAAAGUUAACUUGGAGUUUAAAUGGUAACAUGGGAAAUACUAUGGUAGGUUUCCUGAGAAACAUAUGGUAGUUAGGCUCUUGACAAAAUUGGAGUAGUCUGAAGAAAUAGAAAUUUUAUCCUGAUUAUGUUGAAAAUGAACCAUAAAACAUCAGAUUCUUAUUGGUAAUCCCAGUUAUACCUGCGGGUUCAUUAUGUCAACUGCCAAAUUUGUCACUUACGCGAUAGUCAGCUCAUAAGGAUGGAUGAACCAGCCUUAAAAUACAGAUUGGGAUCAGUUAAUAUCGGCUCUUGAAGCUAUAAAAAGUGACUCUUCCCAACAAAAAGCUUUGGUUAAAAAAGAAGCUAUAGGGGCUUUUGGCUCAACUCAAUUGUCUUGAAACGGCCAUAUUAUCGGAAUUUUGAGAAUCUGUGUUAAAAAAAAUUUAGUGGUAGUUUCCAGGCUCUACGAGUAACUCAUCACUUUCAUAGAAAACAAAAGGGCAUCUUUUGAUUCUUUCGACGCUAAACUGGUGAAAGAAAAUGCUCAGAAGAAUACAGAAGCAUUCAUGACAGUCGCGAGGGAGAAUUGUUGUCAAGGACGUGACCAUUUUAGGGUUAAUACCUUCUUCCGGAUAUGCAACCAAUUUUUGAGCAAAUUAAGACACAUCUCAUGAUGCAGUAACAAUCAAUUAUGCAUUUUAUACAAAUUGGAAACAAUAUCUGAACUGGAAGUGACAGAUAUUGCGGAUGAUCUUCAAAACGAAUGUUUUCUUUUUAAAUAAUUCUUAACGUGUGAAAACAAAAGGUUUAACAGAAGCAUUUUCAUUUACAUUACAUUACGCAUUUUUCUGUGUAUUGCAAUGCAGAACAUCGUUUUCCGUUCUUAAAAGAAUAAAAAAUUAUUUACGUUCCCCUAUAAGUGAAAAACAGUUAAGAUAGUAACAGUAUCUAUAAAUUAUGUCAGUGUCAUUGACAAAAUUGUCAACCAAUUUGUGCAUCGCAGAAAACGUGAAUAUUUGAUAAAUGGAUUUGUAUGGUCUUUUUCCAUUAUCGAAGAAUUUUUUCUUCUCUUCUUCCAGAGCCUGCUACAUUCUAAUGAUGGCAAUCAUCCUUUAGAA